AUGAGCAAUGGCUUAGUGAGCAAUUAUAAUGAUGACGAUGCUAUCAUAGUGAACCGAGGUAAUGCAAAUAUUUUGAUCAAAUAUGGGGAUCGUUGCGAAAAUCUUGACCGCUGCUGUGUACGGUUUAAAAGCCUUCGACAAAAUAACAUUUAUACGCUACGGAACUUGCGAUACAUCAGAAAUUGCGUUUCUCCACUUCUUGGCGAUUAUCUGAUCGCAUGCACAAAUUUGGGGCGAAAUGUGCGAAAUUUGGAGAACAUUUUGGGAGAAUUCAAAGUCGACAUCGACAGCAAAGUCGUCGAAGUCUUGGAAAUGGAGAAUCUGACAUUUGGUAUGGACUCGAUAGUGACAGUAGAUCAUUUCACUAAGGUGCAUAGGCAAAAGUCUAGCAUAGAUGGGGAAGCAAUUGUGUGGGAAUUCAAACCCAAAUGGAUGAUUCGGAAAGGCGAAAACUGCCGCAACUGCGUUUUGAACCGCUUCAAGGGCCGCAAUAUACCUUUUUGCUAUAACAUGGUCCUAGAACACCCCGAAAUGCUGCGAAAGUGGCUUGCUGCGUUUAGCAUGCCCCCUCAAUUUUUUCCCGACAUGGAAACGUAUUUGCGUGAUUCCGAUAACGUCUUGGCGAGAGUUUAUAAAACACAGUGCAAUCUUGCUGACUCUCUUCCAUCGCUUGGUGAGCUGGCGGGUGAAAACGAUGUUUCUGGAAGUUUAGCGCUAUUAAUGGCUUUGCGUGACGUUACGUGUUUUGUGCGAUGGGAUCCAGCAUCGGGAAUACGCGCUAAAAUUGUUGACGUAGACAUGAAGCCAAAGUCCAAAUGGAAGCAGUGGAAAGAUCAGCAAGAUGUUUUGGACGUCAGUGAUAUAAGAGUGUGUCAUUAG